AUGGCGCAAAAAUGUGUACACCAAUCUUGUGGGAAGGUUUAUACUGAUUCAGAGGAAGACUGUCUUUACCAUCCUGGACCACCAGUUUUCCAUGAGGGUCAAAAAGGCUGGAAAUGCUGCAAACCCCGCGUCCUAACCUUUGACGAAUUCCUCUCCAUUCCACCUUGCACAACCGGUAAACAUAGCACUACAGAUCAUCCACCACAAGUAGAGAAGAAACCAGCUCCAGUUGCAUCUACAGAAGCAUCCCCAGCUCCAUCCCCUCCUCCUGAGCCUUCCCGCGCUCCAAUUGCUCCAGCUCCUCAAUCCGCUGCUACUCCUCCUCCUCCAGCAGAAUCUGAAGACGAUGAUGCGUCCCUAGAGAUCCCGGUAGGGAAAACCUGUAGGAGGAAAGCUUGUGGGAAACAAUAUGAGGGGAAGGGUAGAGAGGGGGAAAAAUGUGUCUUUCAUCCCGGUGUGCCUAUUUUUCAUGAGGGUAGUAAGGGUUAUACAUGUUGUAAGAGGAGAGUGUUGGAGUUUGAUGAGUUUAUGAAGAUCGAGGGGUGUAAAUCUAAAGAUGCACAUUUGUUUAUUGGGAGUGGAGGGAAGGGGAAGUCGAAGGAGGGGGGUGAGGAGAUUUUGGAGACGGUUAGAUACGAUUUCUACCAGACAGCGAGCUCAGUAAUCGCCUCAUUUUUCCUCAAGAAAAUCAAUAAAGAUAAUGCAGUCGUUUCCUUCUCCGCCUCUCAGGAACUUACACUCGAUCUCCCCACCACAGACGCAAUUCCCAAACGCUAUAAAAGCAUCGUUCCACUCUUCGGCGCAAUCGAUACAGAAGCCUCGUCCUUCAAAAUCAUGGGCACAAAAUUGGAAAUUACAUUGGUAAAGGCAGAUGGAGCCAGUUGGCCAGUAUUGAGGAGUGAUGAGCAGAGGACGGGAGAAAUUAUACAGGUUGGGAAGGCAGGGAGAGCGGUUUAG